GUCCCACCGUGCGCGCUGAUGGAGGGGAGAGCGAGACCCACCAGGCCAUGAUAUCGUCGGGGUUCGGAAUCGAAAGCAAAGAUUCCGUAGAAGCCAUAAACUCAAUUGAUAGCGACCAGGAACCGCUCUCACGGGAAGUGCCCCUCUUGAGUGCGACUUCCGUGAUACUAUGCAUCCUCCUGAUCGCAACCGAUGUCGGGAGGACGUGCGUCUCCUACUCGAUGAGACACUUCAACGAUGGCGUUUACCCCGUCGACACCACGAUAGUCGUCACGGUCAACGAGCUGUUCAAAGCUACGUUAGUGAUCGGAUUACACCUGUUCUUCGACGGGGAUAAUCCUUUCAAACACCUCGAUGCAAGAAUAGCGUUGCCCUGUCUCCUCUACGCGUUCACCAACAACUUGUUCUUCCUGGCGCUACAUUACAUCACUCCCGCGACAUGGCUCGUAUUGUGUCAGAUGCGAGUCGUCAUCCUGCUCCUGAUAUACCGGAUCUUCCUGAAACAGCGGAUCACCGCAACUCAGUACAUCGGAGGCUUGACACUGAUCGCUGGGGUCGGUCUAGCGCAAAUCGACGUGGGUGCUGAUUUCAGUACGAUCCUAGGCCCUGUGCUCGGCGUUGCGGUGCUGAAUUCGUUAUUCAGUGCGACCGCUGGAGUUUUCACCGAAGUCGUUCUCAAGAGAGGAGGCGACGCAGGCAUGUGGCGAAACCAGACUCACCUGUACUGCGGUUCUGCCUUGAUCUCACUGUUGCCGGCGCUUGUAUCUCGAUUCGUCUUCGAGCGCAAAGCUUUCGACUAUCGGAAGACUCCGGAGGUCUUGACGGCAUUGGUGCUUCUGACGGUAGUCUUGACGGCCUUCAAUGGAAUCUGCGUUUCUUUCGUGAUGAAAAAACUGGAUAACAUCGUGCGCUUCCAAGUGUCGGCUGUCACCUACAUUGUUACCGCAGGUUUCAACAAGUUUCUGUUUCCGAAGCAUUUCAACCCGAGUUCCUGGUACGUGAUGAGCAUCGCCGUUAUCCUCUUCUCCGUGUUCCUGAUCGAACACAAGAGGAAUACUCCCAGCCAAAACUCCCCAAAGCGUGUCGGAUGA